CGAGACCGGGGAGAGGGGAGAGGGGGAUGAUUAAUUCUACCGUAGGAAGCGGGGUCCCAGACCCCUCUCACCUGCGGGGUGCACAGGUGCCUGCAGCCAGGAAGGUAACCCAGACUAGGCAGAAGCAAGCUAAGGAAAGAGGCUGGGCGCCGGGUCUGGCCUUGCCGGCCCGGUUAAAGACUAGCGGGGUGGAGGCGCCCCCCUGCGCCGGGCCCCUCCCGUCCUCCCGGUCCUCGCCGCCCUGCGCUGCCCUGCCCAACUCGCCCUUGGCUCUUUAAGGGGCGGGGUCUGCUCUCAACGUGCCUCACUGCGUCAUCGUCGUGCGCCCCGGGCCUCGGACGUGGGCUCGGUGGAGAAACUCCGGAUUGGGGAUCAUGGCGGGAGCCGAGGCUGGGGAUGGGGCGGGAGCCGAGGCCCCGCAGCCCCAGAAGCGCUACUAUCGGCAACGUGCUCACUCCAACCCCAUGGCGGACCAUACGCUGCGCUAAGAACACAGACAAAGUAAGGUCCCAGGGCCUUAGGCAGCCAGCCUGUGGGGAAAGGGGAACUUGUGCCCCAGAAAGGAGAGCUGCCUGGCCGGAGUCAUAUCAACCCCUAGAAAUGGAGAUGGGCAGCCCUGUGAAGCCAGAGGAAAUGGACUGGUCUGAGCUAUACCCAGAGUUCUUCGCCCCACUGACUCAAAAUCAGAGCCACGAUGACCCAAAGGAUAAGAAAGAAAAGAGAGCUCAGGCUCAAGUGGAGUUUGCAGACAUAGGCUGUGGCUAUGGUGGCCUGUUAGUGGAACUGUCACCGCUGUUCCCAGACACACUGAUUCUGGGUCUGGAGAUCCGGGUGAAAGUCUCAGACUAUGUACAAGACCGGAUUCGGGCCCUACGAGCAGCUCCGGGAGGUGGCUUCCAGAACAUCGCCUGUCUCCGUAGCAAUGCCAUGAAACACCUUCCUAACUUCUUCCGCAAGGGCCAGCUGACAAAGAUGUUCUUCCUCUUCCCUGACCCACAUUUCAAGCGGACGAAGCACAAGUGGCGAAUCAUCAGUCCCACACUGCUGGCAGAAUAUGCCUACGUGCUGCGAGUUGGGGGGCUGGUAUACACCAUAACAGAUGUGCUGGAACUACACGACUGGAUGUGCACCCAUUUUGAAGGACACCCCCUGUUUGAGCGAGUGCCUCUGGAGGAGCUGAGUGAAGACCCCAUUGUGGGACAUCUGGGCACCUCAACCGAGGAAGGAAAGAAAGUUCUACGCAAUGGAGGAAAGAAUUUCCCAGCCAUCUUCCGAAGAAUACAGGAUCCCACCCUCCAGGCAGUGACCCCCAGUCCCACCCCUCCUGGUCACUGACUGCUUACUGUGCCUUAGCUGGACCACAUCUUCCAGGGACUAGAAAGAAGAUCAGGACCCCUGGACUUUCCCAGCUGAGACUCCUGGGGCUGAGAGGCAGCAGACCCUCUCAAAGAAGUUGGGGAACUGCCCAGAGCAGAACUCUGGUGUUCACAACUACCCUCGACUCCUCUCACCUUCGUGCCCCUCACUGCCACCAGAAAAUGAAAGAAGCUGGUUGAGAAGGUCAAAAGACCUUGGACCAGGAGGGAUGUUUGGAAGGGUACAGAGUCUUGCCCUCCCAUAGCAUUCCCUUCUCCUUCUGGGAUCUCUCCUCCUCAGCUGGAGUGAGGAAUCCCAUUCUCCGCUGUCCUUCUAAACUGCCUGCUAGGCUCAAA